AAAUCAUUUUGAAAUAUGGCUAAACCAUUCUUUCUUCAUUCAACAGUGGCACAGCAAGCGGCGAGCUCAUCAUCCGAACUGGAGAACAACGACGAGCAGGAGCAGAUCAAGAUAGCCCGUGCGCUACUCAACUAUCGGCUUAAGGAAAAGAUGGCGAUGGCCGCCCAUAACCCUCACAUCUCACCAUUCCCCAAGAAGUUCCCACAAAUCCCAGAUAAUCAUAGAAGACCUCCAGCAAUUCAACCUCAACCCUCCUUGUGCUCAAAAAUUCUCCCGCUGAUCCGACCGAAAUCUAAUCCGAGAGCCCGACCUGUUUCCCCUGGUUUUAUACCAGAUAAUAGUACAUUACCGCACAAGUUCCCUGCUGCCGGAGCUGCACCUUAUGUUCCUAUUAGGCAGUUGGGGAUGACUUGCCAUGGAAUGGCUCCGCCGGUGACAAUAAGGACAGCUGUGCCGGUGUUCUCAGCUCCGCCUCUUCCGCCACCGCCAGUGGCCAUUAUGGGCCGCCCGCCAAUUCGGAUGGCGUCACCUGUUCGUAUCAGGCCUGCUGUUCCAGUGUUUGCCGCUAGGCCUCCCGUAUCGGCCAUGAGUUCUGUCAUUCCUGUUCAGGUAAAGGAUGUCCGUGCACCAGUUAAGGAAGUGCUGCCGGUUGUGGUGGCCCCGCCACCCGUUCAGGUUCAAGUGAAGGAACCGCCGCCAGUGGUUUCCGAAGCGCCGCCGGCGGUUUCCGAAGCACCGCCGGCUGCCUCCGCCGCCCCUCCUCUGAAGGAGACCGACGGAAACGCCAACUGUAGUGCAGACACUGUUGCGAAAAGUCCCGACAAAAGUAUAGUAGUAGAGGGGUUGANUAAGAAUAAUGUCGUCUCAAACUUUUUCGAGCCAAUGAUAAUCAAACAUGAGUCAAAUAACGAGGAGAAAAUUGAGAAGAAGGAAACAUCCUAUCAUAAAAUAGGAUAA